UUUAAUGAUGCUUUCUUAUUUUUCUUUUGGAUUUAUUAAUUAUUUUUUUGUAUAGCCAAGAUGAAUUCAGUUUAAAACGAACUUAUAAAAAGAUAUUCAGCAGUGUGACUUAAAACUCGCAUUUGUCUAACUUAAUUGUUAGUAUAAUAACAGUUAUUUUACUACAGCUAUCAUCACAUGCAUGCGCAAGAGUGUUUGGGAGAGCUGCGCGCGCGAACUCUAAUCCACCUUUGAUGCUCCCGAGCUCCAAACUCUGUCUUAUUUUUGAUGGCAAGACUGAAUAAUGCCAGUCUAGCAUGGCUGUCUCUCCAACUUAUGCCACCCGUGGACCGACAUGGCAUGUAGCCGCGUCUUUUCGGACCCUCCGUCCAAGAGCAUCUUUAAGACCUUCGCGGUCAUGUUGCUGUCUAUCCUCGCGUCCUUAUACUUUCUCCACUGCCUCACGGAGCGAUGCGGGACCUGCAUGCCCACGGAGAGAAGAGACGCGGGUCCUGCAGAGGGAUUUUACGCCUCGAAGCUUACAGACUUUGGGUCUGUGAGGAGAAAAAGACUUCUGCAGAAAUGGACUUCCACGAAACCUCUGAAUAUGAGGCACCACAGCUUGCCCCAAAGUGUCAGCGCGGAGGAUUUACCUGAAAUUAAGGCAGAUAAACGCUUGUUUCUGUCACGCGUAAAGCUGUCGAACUCUUUGGAUGUGGAUUUAGAGACUGGAGGCUCGUAUUUUGAUACAGGUAAACUGAGCUCGUUAGGUGAGGGCAGUAAGAAGCUUCCUCAGGCGAUCAUCAUCGGCGUGAAAAAAGGCGGGACGCGCGCGCUGCUGGAGUUUCUGCGCGUGCAUCCAGAUAUACGGGCGGUCGGAGCGGAGCCGCACUUCUUCGACCGGAAUUAUGAUAACGGACUGGACUGGUACAGGGACCUGAUGCCGAAGACCCUGGAGGGCCAAAUCACCAUGGAGAAAACACCAAGCUACUUUGUAACUCGCGAAGCUCCGUCCCGGAUCUACACCAUGUCCCGUGACACCAAGCUGAUAGUGGUGGUCCGGGACCCCGUCACAAGAGCCAUCUCUGACUACACACAAACUCUGUCCAAGAAGCCUGACAUUCCUACUUUUGAGAGCCUGACCUUCAAAAACAGGACUACAGGGUUGAUCGACAUCUCGUGGAGCGCCAUUCAGAUCGGCAUCUACGCCAAACACCUAGACAACUGGCUGCAGUUCUUUCCCAUGAGCCAGAUCCUGUUCGUGAGCGGAGAGAGGCUGAUCAGCGACCCAGCCGGAGAGCUGGGCCGCGUGCAGGACUUUUUAGGCCUGAAGAGGAUCAUCACAGACAAACACUUCUACUUCAACCAGACCAAGGGCUUCCCUUGCCUCAAAAAGGCAGAGGGCAGCAGCAAACCCCAUUGCCUGGGUAAAACCAAAGGGCGAACCCAUCCAAACAUUGACCCGGAGAUCGUGCAAAGACUUCGAGACUUCUACAGGCCUUUCAACAUGAAGUUCUACCAGAUGACAGGCAGGAAAUUUGGUUGGGAUGACUAACAGUAGACUACGAGAUAGACCCUAGAAUGUCGGAAAAAGAGAAAAACAACCUUACUGUGACCUCACCAGCAACAACUUGAUAGCAGUUCUUGUCUCCAAGAAAAAAGUGGUCCAAUCUGACUGUGGAAAAUUACAAAAACAGCCACAUUCAACUCAAGUUAGGUACAGAACACAAUGAGCAGAUGUAGAAAUCAAAAGUAAAUGUGUACACACUGCCAUUACUGUUCCAGAAUUUAUUAAGAUUCCUGAUUUAAAGGUGCCAUUGUAUCUCCUUACGUCUUGAUAAUGCAGAUGAAAAGGAGGUCAGAUGUUACCUUUGUUGAUAUUAACUCUUGUGUUCCCCAAUCAGGCAUUGGCCAUUUUUUGAUAUUUAAACAGCAAUACCACAAAAGGACCUGUAAGAGACAGCUGAUUUGAUUGUUAUCACUCGAUUGAAGAGGCGUUAUCAUUGGUUAUCAGCUGACAGAUAUGGGCCAGUAGGGGCCUUCUGCACCUACUAGUAGGCUCUGAAGGCUGUUAUCAUCCACCCACAAGGGUAAUCAGCUAUAGAUCACAUAUGGCUGUGCCUGGAAAUUAACAAGAAUUAUUUAUAUUAUUUAUUACAUUUUCCAUUAAUUGUAUUUUAUUUACAUCUACCCCUACCCCAACCCUAAACCCAACCAUCAUAGUGAUGCAAAAACAGAUCUGGAGUCUUCUCUAUUAGUAUAGCUGAUUAACCAUGUGCAUGGAUUAUAAUAGUAGGGUCAGAAGGUCCCUACUGGCCCAUAUCUAUCAGUUGAUAACCACUGAAAACGCCCAUUCAAUCAAAUGAUAACAUUCGAAUCGGUUGGAAGAGACACCUGAAAGGUAAAGAGAUCUCUAGAACUAUGCAUUUGGAUGAACUGUCCAUUGUGUCUUGAGUUGGAGAUCAGUUUAGUCCUUCUGCCAUAUUUAAUGUAGUUAAACUAGCUGCUUAUAUACCUUUGAAAUUAUUUGAAAGAUAUUAUCAAAACAAUAUAAAUAAGUGUAUUUUUUAAAAAGAUUAUUUAUUUUAGAAUAAUUAAGUACAUAUAUACAGUUUACCUAUUUUUUAAUAAUUUUCACUAAACGCCUCCCUUUACCUUUUCUUUUUGCUUGUGGAGGGCGGGUCAUUUCCUUUGUAUUUUACCACGAUGUCUUUUCUGAAAUCUUUAAUGUGGUCUGAAGUUGAGAUGUGCACAUUUAAAUGUUUACCAUUCAGUUCACAGAAAGUGUUUUUUAUAAUGAAAUUUAGAAGUUCGGAAACAAUAUAUGACUUUGAUCUCAAUAACAACAUAACAACAGGGCUGAUAUUGUGGAAAUGUGCAGAAUAUGAUUAAAUUGGAUUUUUGGUUUUACAGAACAAUCAAAUAAAUGUCUAACUGAGAGUUAAUGGCACGCUUCUAAAAGUCUACAACUUUUAUGAUGAAAGUUACAGUUAAAGGGUGUAUAAUGAGAGUAUGAGAGAAAGACACAAUUACAACGCAAAAUAAACAAUGAUCAGAUUUCCUUAAUUUAAAGGAGAUUUGUGUAAUUUCUCAUUGUUUUAUUGCUUUAAA